AUGGACCUCGUGCGUUUGCCUUUGGAGACCAAAGAAGUCGUCUUCUCCUUCCUCGACCCGCAAUCCCUCUACCUGCUCGGCACCUCGAACAAGGCCUUCUUCGAGAUGGUCAAGAACUACGACAAGAAGUGGGCACGCGUCAUCCACGAUGUCGGCGCCGUCGUGAUCGGAGGAGGCGCGCCGAGGGACGAACGUGAGGGCGCCAAGAUGAAGAUCACCAAGAAGUCGCAGUUCGACCUGCUCCUGCGCAACGCCCGUGUCGCCGAGCUUUGCUGCGAUCUCGCGCAAAGUUCGGGCGUCAUCGCGGCCGAAUACCGAGGCGGGAUGAAGGUCGACGUCUUGCACAUCGAACGACGUGCCCAGACGGCGAAGAAGGACAGAAAGAGAAAGCAUGGGCCCCAGCAACGCAUCGAGCUGUCCAAAUACAUUCGUGCCCUCGCCGUCUACCAACCGAAAACCACGAAGUUUGACGGGCGUUUCUACUACCGCGACUGGAUCAACACCGAAGACAUCCGACUUUUAUGCUCGCUGCGUGAUGACCUGAAGAUCAAGGCGUCGGACUUUGCCAUCAAAUCGCUCGUUGACCUACGUCUCCCGCAACUUGAGGUGCAACUGGAAGGCGGGCAGCUCAACGCGCUACAGAAGCUUCAAGGCGUCAUCGAAAAAAUUAUCGAGGAAUGGCGGUGCUUCAAGCGCGAGAUCGUCAAGAUCACUUUCAUCAUCGAGAUCCGCCACUUCGUCGAGAACGAACCGAUCCGAUGGCACGACGGGGGCCUUCCAGCGAAGCUCGGACAAUAUCGAAGAAGCGAUGGCAAGCUGCUCGACGUCGUCAAUGACAAAAGCUCGCACAAUAUGAACAUCCUCCGACUAAUCGCGUGU